CUUAAAGCUUUUAGAAGAUCACCUGUGGUAGUUGAUCUUGCCAACCUCGAGCGGCGUUCUCAGUUGUGAUCGCAGAGCAGUGCGAUGAAUGCGCUUCCCGGAAUCCAGUGCCUGUGGCUGAUUGCUUCAGUCAGCGUGGUGGUGGCCGAGUACUGCGACAAUGGGACGGGCGAGUGCAAGGAGCUGACUCCCUCCGACUGCCCAGUAAUAUUCUACAACCAGCACCUGAUUGGAGCCGAAGUCAAGUACUGCGACGAGUUCAACGACAUUGUCUGCUGCCCCAUACCGCUGGAUCAUCAGAAUCUGAAGCCUGUCGAACAGAUGAGGCCUUUUGAAAAGCAGUGCAAGCAGUACAACGUGGUCAGAUCCGCCUGCCAGUCCACGCCCUUCAUUGUGGGCGGCACAAAGGCAUCCGGUAAAGAGUUCCCCUUCAUGGCCCUAAUCGGUACUCAUCGGCCCAACAAGUCCGACAUUAGUUGGGAUUGUGGAGGAUCGGUGGUGCAUCCCAAAUUCAUACUGACAGCGGCCCAUUGCCUGGAGACGGACGAAUCGAAGGCCGAACGCCUGGACCCCAAUUUUGAUUCGCCCAAAUUUGUAGUUCGUCUGGGGGAGUUGGACUACAACAGCACCACCGAUGAUGCUCUGGUUCAGGACUUUCGGGUGGUCAACUAUGUGGUGCACCCUGGAUAUGAUACUGAAGACGAAGAGCAGGGCUUUAAGAACGAUAUUGCCCUGGUGGAGCUGGAUCGAGAGGCUGCGUUCAAUGACCAUGUGGCGGCGGUUUGCCUUCCGCCCGGCAGCGGCAACGAUGCUCAGCAGGUCACAGCCGCCGGCUGGGGAUUUACCGCGGACGGGGUGAAGUCCUCUCACCUGCUGAAGGUCAAUCUCCAGCGAUUCAGCAACGAGGUAUGCCAGAAACGCCUGCGCUUCAACAUCGAUACACGCACCCAGUUCUGUGCCGGCUCCAUGUCCACCCAAGCGGACACCUGCAACGGUGACUCCGGCGGCCCUAUAUUCGUGCAGCACCCGCUGUAUCCGUGCCUGAAGCAGGUGAUCGGCAUUGUCUCUUAUGGAUUGGUUUGUGGCUCCCAAGGACUGCCGAGUGUCUACACCAAGGUCCACCUCUACACCGACUGGAUCGAGAGCAUCGUGUGGGGCCAUUGAUUGCGAUGGCAUAGACUCCGAUCAGGAGUCGUAAUAAGCAAGAAAACAGGAAAUAGUUUAAAAAAUAUAAAUAUAUAUUAUAA